UCAGUCAUCGGAGAAUCAAGAUUUCCCCGUUGCAAAAACUCUUUUUCUCACUCUCUCUCUUUGUUUUUGACACAGACAGUUUUGUCCCCAAGAUUCCAGCUCAGAAAACACACCCCUCCUCAGCUCCCUCCCUUUAUUCAUUUCACGACCAUCUCGUCCCUUCCCUCCCUCUCUUUUUCUCUCAGCGAAGCAAACUCUCAUACACUUUACGUUAAUUUACUUUUCUUCUCAGAAACCUUACAAUGCCAUUGUCUCCAGAUCCAGCCCUCUGACAACUACCAAAAACCAGUUCUUUCGACUCGUUAAAAGACUGAACAUUUUAUAAAAGGAAAUUGGAGAAAAGCACAACAAAAAAAAAAAAACAAAUGGGUGGUUUAAGGGAGUCGUGGUGUUUUUGCAAAGGAGUAAGCAAGACUGAAAGAAUGAAAGGCACCAUUUUCUCAAGUAAAGCUCCGGCAAUGGCCGGAAUCACCGGAACCUCCGUCAGUGGAAUCUCCGGCACUGGAUUCCUUAUCCACCGGAAUCUUCUCUUAACUACUCACGUCAACCUCCCUUCUGUAGCUGCUGCUGAGAGCUCUGAGAUCCGGCUCCAAAACGGCGUGUCUGCCUCUCUCGUUCCUCACAGGUUUUUCAUCACCAGCUCUGUUUUAGAUCUAACAAUAGUGGGCUUAGAUGCCAUGGAUGGAGAAUCAAAUACCCAAGGGCACCAACCUCAUUACUUGAAGACGUGUUCUAAACCAAAUCUAGAUCUAGGAAGUGCUGUUUACCUUCUAGGUUACACAGAGAAAAAGGAAAUGACAGUAGGUGAAGGAAAGGUGGUGAUUGCCACUGACAAUCUCAUAAAACUGUCAACCGAUGGAAUAAUAUGGAACCCUGGCUCAGCUGGAUUUGAUGCACAGGGAAAUCUUGCAUUCAUGAUCUGUGAUCCUAUGAAGCUAGCUACAUCUCCUAAUACCAAGUCUUCCUCAACUUCUUCUUCAUCCUCAUCAUCAUGGAAGAAAGACAGUCCUAUGCAAUUUGGUAUUCCCAUUCCCAUCAUUUGUGAUUGGUUAAACCAGCAUUGGGAAGGUAGUCUUGAUGAAGUUACUAAACCCAAGCUACCAAUUAUUAGAUUGAUGUCCUCAGGCCAAAAGAGUGAGCAUUCUUCUGCAUCCUUUACAAUGCGUCAGGUUUUUAAGUCGACAGAAGCUGAUAAUGACAGAACUCCAUCUUCAUCAAAUAUAAUCUUGAAAACUAGGGAUCAACCAGGACCAAGCUCUCCUGCUGUAGUGAACACUGUUGAAGGCGAAAUGCCACAAUCUGAUCCACACACAACACAUGUGCAAGGAAUCCCAACUCCAGAAAUAUAUGAAUCACCAAAGUUGACUGCAGUCCCUGUUAGGAAGAAAGAGACUAGCCAAAUUCAGCUUUUGGAUAUAAAUUUUCCUCUCCAGAUUGCGAAAGCUGCAGUAGUUUUGCAGCCAACCAAACAGCUACUUCUGAACUCAGAUGAGAAUGUUCUGAAGGAGCUUCCUGCAGAAAGCCCAUUGAGAGACGAAGAUCAAAUCAAGAAUAGAGUACAGUCUAGUCCCAGUGCGAAUGCUGAUGUUGCCUCAACUGGAUCUGUGAAUGGGGCCCAGAGUGAGGUCCAGUCUAGUUCAUCUCCUGUAGAACUUUCAGAGAUGCAUAAUGGGUAUAGCAGUGAGGGGGAGACCAUGUACUCUGCUGAGACUGCUGAGAGUCGAAACUACACGAGUCCUAGAGAGGGGAACUUUCAGCAAGUGGGAAGGAGCCAGAGUUGUGUGGGUUACACUAGAUGGGGAGCCUUUCAAAGAAACCCAGUGGCUCGCAGGGCAUUGCUAGAAAAGCAGAGGAGCUUUAUCCAUGGAAAGAAGACUUACUCACAAGGGGCGACCUCUCAAAGGAGUAAUGACUACUUUAGCCCUACAGUUUCCUCAAUCAUGAAGAAGCGGAACAACUCAGAGCAGCCAAGCAAACCACGUCAAAGCACUGUUCAUUCAUCUCCACGAUGGAUGUUUUAAUGAUUAUUGAUGAGCAUGAUACCAAAUGAGGCCAACAAGCCAACAACAAAUAUAUAGCUGUUUACACAUUGUCUAUUAAAUGCCUUAUUAAUUGCAUAUAGUGCAACUAAAUUGUUGUGACACUGCAGACUGAUUCAAGAUGAAUAAGAAAGUUCGGCCACGAUGUUGUAGUUCUGAUUAGUGCUCCAAGUAGCCUAGCCACAUUGUUAAUACAAUUGCAUUUUGAGACAAUUUCCGGCAAGUGGCUUUGAGAACAA